CAAUUCUUCCUCUUUGUGAACCUCCCUAAACCCUAAUCUUCCUCGACCCCACCCUCAAACCCUUCUCCCACGUCACUGCCCCCUGUCGCGAACUCGGUUGGUGGCUUCGCCAACGCUCCACAGCAAACGCCUUUCGAUUGAGAUAUGUCGCAGCAUCGUGGUGGUGGGAAUUUUACUGCUGAACUGUUGGGUUGGUUGGCUAUGUUUGAUACUCAAAGGACUGGUUAUGCUAAUGAGAUUGGUGACGUCCAUCGGCGUCAUGAGUUAGUCAUUGCAGAUUUAGAGUCGAGGCUACGUGCUGCUAAGGCCAAUAUGGAGAAUGAACUGACCGCCGUCCGCCAGAAGUAUAUUCCUUGCGGAGAGUAUGUGCCAUUGGAGAUCUACGAGUUCAAUCAGCAAUGUUGGACUGAGUAUCUGAACACAUGUCUGGUCAACAAUGCUGUAAGUGCAGCUCUGAGCGAGGAAAGUGCAGCUGAUGCCGUUGGGACAUUUGGUGAUGUGGUGAGGCAGCGACAUCUCUUGGAUUUUAUCAUGCAGGGCGAGAGGCGGGAUCAACUUCUGGAAUAUUUGAAUACAAAGAUUAAGAUUGGGCACUUUGAAAAUGUUGGGGAAGAGCGCGCAGCCAAGCGUUUACGAAUCCUCUUGACACCAGCGGGCCCUGAGCGACCUACUCAGACAACACCCUCGAGAGUACCGGUUGCAGCUGGCAGGGCGAAUCCCGGUGGGACAGAUCCUCAGGACAAUGCAACCAGGAUUUUCAACACCCGCUUCGCUGAUCCUGGAGAACACUCUCCUAUCGCAGCCCAAACCCACCAUCCAAAGGAGCCUGGAACUUUGAAUGUUCAACAACGAUCUCCUUAUGUCUCACCCCCACAUAAACGUUCUGGUCAGACCUUCAGACGUGGUGUCCAGGGCAAUCCCCCUUGCCCGGAGUAUCGGUGAUGGCGAGAUGCGUGACUGGGCUAUUGAUUCUACAAAGUACAGGGAAGAUGUUUGCUUUGUGAUGGUAGCCUGGAACUGCAAGAGAGAUUUCUCAGGGAUCGGUUUAGUCUUGCCGCUGCCCGUGAAGUCCUACAGCUCCCCUCUGAGCUGCCCGUUUAAUUUAGUCUCUCAAGACUUUAUUUCGUUCUGUUUGAUAGUUACAAGUUAUGCUAAUGGUAAUGCCACUGAAUUCUCUGUACCUUUCUUUGCUGGUAGGGUAGGAGUUAGAUCUAAAUUGGUUGAUUUGGGUGA